GGUAUUUAUCGAAGGUUAUUUGUAUCGAUUUUGUUUUGACGUCUGCUGUCAAAUUUAAACUGCUGUGCGAGUCGCACAGUGCGACUUAGAACUACUGAUACCCUAUCGACAACAAAUUUUGAGAUUAUUUAAUAUUAAACUGAGCAACGUAUGCAACCAUGAUUGCAGGGACAUCAUAUGAUUAAAGCAAUUAAUUAUAUGCAACAAACAUGGGUGAACAAUCUGUAUUUCCCAAAGAAAACAACGUAGAAGACGGCAAUAACGAAGAAAUGGAAACAGAAUCGGACAAUGAAAUAGACACAGAUGACCUCUCCCCUGAAGAAUUCGAAAGACUGGACAGCACCAUGGACGAGUUAAACACCGUUCUGGACGCACUGGAACAGAAAAACGAUGAUAUACACGCCCAGCUAUUGAAGCUGUUGCAGGACAACAGAGAGAUUCGACUGCAGCUUCAUAAUAAGAAUGUUCAGGAGUUGCAGCAAAAUGAAGGGCACGAGCAAAAAUAACCAUUCCAAUAUGUGUAAAUAAAGUAUUAGAAAAAUA